UAUAGGUCAAUUUUGUUCUGUUGUCAGCGUUGUUGCAAAUAAUAUUCGCCACGUACACACCGAACGUUGUCUGAUCUGUAAUCUAACUGGCUUCAACCACUCGAGUACUUGUUAUUCACCCAGAUUUCCAGUCUCACAAGCAGAAGCGAACAUAAGAACUCUUCGCGAGAAUUGAACGUCGUGUUUUGGGGGUGUCAGUGCUGAAUCAAUGGUAAAGAUGGUUUACUUGAUGGUGUUACUCGCUCUUCUCGGUGGAGCAAUGGCAGAUACCAACAACAACAAACCAGAAGCGCGUAUGGUGAUUCUGCCCUUAACCGCCAGCACUGGUCGAUUUAACAAGGUGUAUGCAACCUUUGACGGAACGGUAUACGAGGCAAAUAUCCCCAAUGUGUGGGCACCGACCGCAGAAACAGUGCUUGUUGUCAUGAACGUCACUGACGCGCCAAGCGAGGAGACGGCGAUUAUCCCUGACAGCGAUUCCGAUGAACCGACUCGAUUUGGCAGUCCAGUAAUCGGUUUAGACGUGAUCACCGCAAGUGGAGAGAAGAUUUCGGCGGACUUUGACGAGACACCCAUUGAAGUCAUCUUUCCACGUCAAGAGUGUCUCUCCGAGGAAACUAUUGUGUGUGCCCACCAACCAGCUGAAAACAAGCAAUGGUAUGCCAAUGGAUGUCGAGUGUCUAGCGUCACGAAAGAUGACGUCACCUGUAGCUGUGGUUUCCUAGCGAAUUAUGCCCUGCUAUUGCAACCAUAUAAGGUGGAAAUGACUAACUCUCGCAGUAUGAACCUUCUAACAUCCGUCAACAUGACUGUGACCGUUGCAUCUCUCUGCAUAGUUCUGCUGGCUUACAAGUACUCUAGAUUAACCAGCUCUCGUACCGUGACCCACGCAAGUCUAUCGUUGGCAAUGGUGGCUUUAUACUCAACGGUCUUUUUCCGGGACGAUGAAAAGCCGGUUAUCUGCACCACCGUCGCCAUUUUGUUUCACUUCUUCAUGCAAGCUACUUUCAUUUGGAUGGCACUAGCAGGCGCUCUUUUCUACCUGACGUCACACGAUGAGCACACAUCUACUUCACGGAUCCGACCACGUGCAUUAUUGCUGACAGGCUGGGGGUUCGCUGUAGUAGGGAUGGUGGCUUCAUUCGCAAGUGGUCUUUGUGGUUGCGCAACAAGCACAGGAAGCUGCUGGUUGUCUAGUGGUGAGGCCUUCGUCUGGGAACUCAUGGGUCCCAUUGUAUAUAUGCUUGUUAUCAAAACUUUGAUAACUUGUCGGUUGACCAGGUGGGGAGGAUUGCAAGAGAAAAAACUUAACAAUCAGGAGACGAUCAAAAUAAGGUAA